UGUGAGUGACUCUCGCGAUACUUCCUCAGUGGGUCACGGAGCAGUAUGGCAGCCGUAGCGCUGAGGUCCUGCCGCAGAGGACUUUCACAUAUUUUAAGUAAUGGAGGGCUCGCAGCUUUGUCUUCACAACGUCUGGAAGGAGUCAGGAGACACAAGUCCACAGUUCAGUAUGCUUCACGACCAGACCUUCCCAAGCUGGCCUACAGAAGAGUGAAGGGGAAGAGCCCAGGUGUGGUCUUCCUCCCAGGAUAUGGCUCCAACAUGAAUGGGCAGAAAGCUGAGGCACUGGAGGAGUUCUGUAGGUCACUAGGGCACGCAUACCUUAGGUUUGACUACACAGGACAUGGGGCCUCAGACGGGGUGCUAUCAGAAGGAACUAUUGGUACCUGGAAAAAAGACGUCCUUUUCGUGUUGGAUGAGUUAGUAGAGGGGCCACAGAUAAUGGUGGGUUCCAGUAUAGGCGGUUGGUUCAUGCUUCUUGCAGCCAUUGCAAGACCAGAGAAGACUGCAGCACUGGUGGGCAUCUCCACUGCUGCUGAUCACAUUGUCACAUUGUUCAACUCUCUUCCUCUGGAGACACGCAAGGAGUUUGAGGAGAAGGGGGAGUGGACACUGCCCACCAAACACUCAGAGGAGGGUCAUUACAAGUUUAGCAUGGACUUUCUGAAAGAGGCAGAAAAUCACUGUGUGCUCCAGAGUCCCAUCCCCAUCACCUGUCCCGUACGCCUCAUUCAUGGGCUCAAAGAUGAGGACGUCCCCUGGCACAUCUCUAUGCAGGUUGCAGAACGUGUCCUCAGCCCUGAUGUGGAUGUCAUCCUUCGACGACAUGGCCAGCACCGCAUGUCUGACAGGGAUGACAUCAAGCUCAUGGUCUACACUAUUGAUGAUCUCAUAGACAAGCUGACCACUCUGGUCUGAGUUAGGGAUGGAUGAGUGAGCAUGAGAGGUUGCUGAGAUAAGGAGAGAAGGACUGUGUUUACUGGGAAGUCAACCUUCAAGAAAUUUACCAAACAAUGGCAUGUUUGUCUGCCAAAUAUGACCUUUCAUCCAUCUCUGUUUUUCCCCCGUACUUUAUCUGUCAUCUGAACAUGCUGUUACAGUGCAUACUAUUUUAAAAGGGAGCUUUCCUGCUAGCUGUUCCCUUAUAUAUUCAGGUUGCAUUUGUAUGUGUUCCAGGUUAUCAUAUGGAGUGUUAUGUUGGCCUUAAUUAGGUCCGCGGUUGCUGCUGUGCCAGCCGCCGUUCUUACUGUUUGACUGUUUUCCCCUCCUGCUUUACUUAGACGCAUAGUUUUCCUGUGCCUUUUUGAAUCACCCUUUUUGGCCAAUAAAACCUCUGCACACUA